GUGCGCGGCGACUACUGGCUGGGCACCGAGUACAUCCACCAGAUCGCCAAGCAGAAGGUCUACCAGGUCAGGUUCGUCAUCCAGGAUGCCUCCAACAACAUCAGGUUCGCAGAGUACAACCUCUUCAGUCUGGACGAUGAGUCCCAGGGCUACCGGCUGCGGCUGGGCUCCUACGCAGGCACAGCAGGGGAUGCCAUGGACUCGGACAAUCCCAGUAACAUGCACAACAACAUGAAAUUCUCCACCGAGGAUCGGGAUCAGGACGCUUCAAGGAAGAACUGUGCAUCCCGCUCUGGGGGCGGGUGGUGGUUUUCAUCCUGUUAUUCCGUGCGGCUGAAUUUCAAGGGCGGCAUGACGUGGGGCAGCCUGU